ACCGGCACGAGCAAGUUCUACACACGCGGUAGAGGAGCUUUCAUUAGACGUUUCUGGAACUUUAGAGGCGUAUUGUACGAUCUUUGAACAGGUUAUCCUUUAGAUCGUUUUCGACGCAGUUGUUUUGUUUUCAAACUAAGGAUAGCUUCGAGGGGGAUAUACCAGUCCCGUUUAAUUUGUCAUCAUCCCGCGCGCGCUAUCGUUAACGGCUUGUGGGCGCGCGCGCGCUAAUUAGCUUACCGGCUAAAAAGGGCACAAUUUUCUUCAGGACUGACUGUCGCAACGUGUGGAUGCACUCCUGCUCACCUGCAGUCACAUUCACACAAUGGCCGGUUGCACACUCUGCUUGAUUGCCAAGCACCAACAAAUCUGCAAAAGAUUUAGUUUAAUUACAGGAUAGCAAUAAAUAUUUUCGUUUAACCAUUUUCUGGUUAAAAACCCAGAUUUUACAGAUUUGCACUGCUGAAUCCCAGAACUGUUAACACAGGUGGGCCUAAAGUAAAAGCUGUUUAUUUAUUUUUUACCGUAUUACCUCUUCAUUUUAGCUACUGUUUUUAAACGUAGCGUUGUAUAGAUAUUUUCGAAGGCAUUACUUUCCCUCAAGAUUGUGAAGGAGUUACUAUAGUCUGCAAUCAUGGUUUCAACAACUGCAACAACUGCAGCUGCAAUAAUCCUGGCAACAACUGUAGCAGCCCCCACUGCUCUCACAGACUACAUGUGGCUGCUGAUUGUUGGUUUCAUCAUCGCCUUCGUUUUGGCCUUUUCUGUGGGUGCAAAUGAUGUUGCUAACUCGUUUGGCACAGCUGUCGGCUCUGGAGUAGUUACCUUGCGACAGGCAUGCAUUCUGGCUACAGUGUUUGAGACCCUGGGCUCAGUACUAAUCGGGGCCAAAGUGAGUGAAACCAUCCGCAAAGGUAUCAUCGAUGUGAACAUGUACAGCAACGGCUCUGAGCACGUCCUGAUGGCUGGGUCUGUCAGUGCCAUGUUUGGUUCUGCUGUGUGGCAGCUGGCCGCUUCUUUCCUUAAGCUUCCCAUCUCUGGUACACACUGCAUUGUUGGUGCUACUAUUGGUUUUUCACUGGUUGCCAAGGGCCAGCAGGGAGUCAAAUGGCUUGAACUUCUCCGAAUUGUUGCUUCCUGGUUCCUGAGUCCUCUUUUGUCUGGUAUAAUGUCCGGCAUCGUUUUCUACUUUGUGCGCAAGUUCAUCUUACAAAAGAAAAACCCUGUACCUAAUGGUUUGAAGGCCCUGCCUGUCUUCUAUGCUCUGACCAUGGGCAUCAACCUGUUGUCCAUCCUGUUCAGUGGCGCUACGAUGCUGGGAUCUGACAAAAUCCCUUGGUGGGGCAUCCUGCUCAUCUCAUUGGGCUGUUCCCUGCUGACCGCCAUUGUGGUCUGGUUUAUUGUCUGCCCUCUGCUCAAGAAGAAGAUUGAACGAGAUAACAAGUCUUCCAGCCCCUCUGAGAGCCCCCUGAUGGAAAAGAGAGAACUCAGAGAGGCCCACUGUCCUAUCCUGAAGCAGACUGCCAAGGAAACGUCUGCACCUACUGCGGCAGCUAUCGAUCAAACCUCCGCUUCUGAACCCCAGCCCGCCCCCGAGGAACGCAAGGUGACAUUUGACAUUGGAGAAUCUGACGAAGGGGAAAAUAAGGAACGCAGGGUGGCCUUCGACAUUGGAGAUUGUGAUGACACCGACUACAGCAAUGAAAAUAGUGCCUCCAAACAGCCUCAAACUAACAACCAAGUCCAGAACAGUAACGGCUGUGCAAAUGCCGCCAAUCAGGUCCACUUCAACAACCAAACUCAGUUCAAUAACAGACCAGCACAUAUUCCAAGUAAUGGUUACUCCCAGUACCACACGGUCCACAAGGAUUCAGGCCUCUACAAAGACCUGCUCCACAAGCUCCACCUGGCCAAGGUUGGCGACUGCAUGGGCGAAGCGGGUGACCGACCCAUCCGGCGGAACAACAGCUACACCUCAUACACUAUGGCCAUCAUCGGCAUGCAUGGAGACUUCAGGCAUAAAGAAGGAGACUUCCGCGCCGUUGAGGAAGGAGACAAGGGCCCGGGAUCUGGCGUUCAUGAAAAGAAACGCGUGCGCAUGGACAGUUACACCAGCUACUGCAACGCUGUGGCAGAGAAUACAACUCCUGAGGGUCUAGGAGAAGGCGACGUGGCAUUAGAAAUCAGUAAUGAAGAUGCGGGCAGCAGCCAGAGCUCCAUAGAUGACCGGCUUGAGGAAGACAAGCCAGAAGUCUCAACCUUGUUUCAGUUUCUGCAAAUCCUAACGGCCUGCUUCGGAUCUUUCGCCCAUGGUGGAAACGACGUGAGCAAUGCCAUUGGACCGUUGAUAGCUCUGUAUUUGGUUUACACAACAAGCAGCGUGACCUCAAACAUGGUCACACCCACUUGGCUUCUGUUGUAUGGCGGUGUGGGGAUCUGCACUGGACUCUGGGUAUGGGGUCGCAGGGUGAUCCAGACUAUGGGCAAGGACCUCACCCCCAUCACACCCUCAAGUGGUUUCAGCAUUGAGUUGGCCUCAGCCCUGACUGUCGUGGUUGCUUCUAACAUUGGUCUGCCUGUCUCCACCACUCACUGCAAGGUUGGCUCUGUGGUCGCAGUAGGGUGGCUUCGUUCGAGGAAGGCGGUAGACUGGCGUUUGUUCAGAAAUAUCUUCAUGGCGUGGUUCGUGACGGUACCCAUAUCUGGUCUGAUCAGUGCUGCCAUCAUGGCUGUCUUCAUCUACGGCAUCCUGUGAGCACGUGACUGCAUCCCAAGAAAGGGAGGGAAAAGAAACCGCUUCAGUGCACACCGAGAGAGAGAGAGAGAAAGUCAAGUUGGAAGGCCAAAUUAUAUCGCUUACCUUGUGCCAGCAGCUUUGGAAGAAAAUGGAGGCAAAAAAAUGAAACGUGAAAAGGACUUGUGACGUGCCUGUGGUUCAUAAUCAACCUAGCUGUUUGUUCCAAAACUUUUUUUCAUAUCGUUCUGUAAAGUUAUUCUCAAAAACAUCAUCUGAUGGUAUAUUGUUAAUACUAAUUCAUUACCUUUUCUGUUGUUGUUUUUUACUUUAUAAUUAUGUAUAUACAGUGAUUCUGUUUUUACUUUUAAUCUACACAUCACAUUUAAAAAUGCAGUAUUAGAUCUUUACAAAUGUAAUUCUCCAGUCAUAGCACAUGCUGAAAGUAAUGUAGCUGCAAAUGCUGUAUUAGAGAACUUAAAAAAAUUUGAGUAUGUUUAUUCUCAAGUCCAAGUAUUUUUAAAAUUCUUUUUGUUUUACAUCACACAUUGUAUCUUUUCAAUUUGGAUAUUGUUUUUCCUCCAUAAAAGACACAAAAAAUAACUUUCUGCUAAGGUUGAUUCAAUGCUUUAUAUCUUAUUAUACAACCAUAUCAUAUAUCUAGAUUACUGCAGUUUCAUUUGCCUUUGUAGAACUGUACACACUGGAUGAGCGCCUGCAGAAUAAUUAAACACACUGUAUUGUAAACAUUUAAAGAUCCGCACACUUUCAGGCAAGAAUUGAAACAACAAAGACCAAACUGGAAAUUUGAGUUUCCAUCUGCCUGAAGCCAGUCUCCUCGGUUUGAGAGGCGCAACAGAAUGUCUGCCAGCACAAUUAAUGUACUCAAAGAAAACCUUAAAUCUGUUAAAACUUGAUUGCAUUGUCCUCGAUGGUGAUUGCUUUAGCCUCGUGUUCCCUUCGCUCACCUCAGAACGUCUACUUCCAGUAUCUGAAAUUUGGGUUUUUGAUAUCUUUUUUUUCCCCCUUUUUGAGUGUUUCAAACAGGACCUUUUAAAACUGGAAGUUAACGCAGUGGGUUUUUGGAGUGGAGUUCUUUAGGAGGGCAAAUAUACAGUAUGGUGCAUGCCACCAGUGUGUGGUUGCUUGACUGCAGAAUUAAAUGCAUUUCAUGACUAUAGAAGCUGUAGUUGCCUUAUUUUUGUUUUUCAUUAGGUACCAAAGAUUUUGUUUUUGUAAGUCCUAAUUUGCUCCACGCUUGUGGAUGAAAAAAAAGUUGAAAUAAAAAUUGAAAAAAUA